AUGACGACCAAGAAGCAAGUCCAGUUGUUCCUCAUGCCGACCCCCGGUGCCAAGCCGGAAUUCUUGGCCACUGUCGAGUCUGCAUCGGCAUCAUCUGCUUUGGACUCCUCCUUACCGUCGACCAUUGUGCUGGAGAAUUACACGCGCGAUGGCUGGGCGUGGAAACCCAAUCCUUCCGUGUGGAUGUCCCUGAGUGUUAAGAGCGUCGAUGGGAGAAACAAACUGCCUGGGUUUUUAAAGUACUUGAAGGAUCGAAAAAAGUCGGCGUAUGGUCGAUUCGGGGACAACAAGGGAGCCAUGUGGGUGAUUUCCUACAUUCAAAAGACGGGUGAAAGCAUGGAAUGUCGAUUUGCCUGGGAUCUCACGACCAUUCCAGGAAUUCCCAUGAAACAACCAGUGGCAGCGCCUCCUCCCAAGCCAGCAGCCCCCGCCGCUCCAGCGAAAGCAUCCAUUCGAAAAGGAAAGGCAGGAUUACUGGGAAAACUCGUCUCGUCCCAAAAACGUACCAACGCCCAUGUCAUUGUGGCCAACAAGAAACCGCAACAACCUGCCACACAACAGAAUAAUGCCGACGAAGGCGAGAACAGUGGUCCCAAAAAGACGGCUCAACAAGUAAUGGCCGAAUUUCGACAAGAAAUGGAACAGAAAUUCUUGGAUUUUGACAUUGCCUCGGAUUCUGUGCUGCGCGUAGAAAUCAAAUUGUCCGAGUAUCAAAAGGAUUUGGCCACCACGGAUGAUAUGCAAAAAGUCACAAUGUCCAUCUUACGGUACAUGGUGGAAGAAGCGGCCGAAGAAGUCAAUGAAGAAUGGAUUGCUCAUAAAGAGCCCUCGGAGUUUACCGAUGAAAUUACCAUUGCCGUCUAUAAGGAAGGAGAAGCACCACCGGAAGUAGUGGAGGAACUCAAUCGAGGAGAAUUACCGGAUGAAAUCAAGGGAAAAGCACAGGCCAUGCAAGCCAACCAACAAAAGGCAGAAGAGCAAAAGGCACACAAAGCACAGAUGGAAAUGCAGAAAAAGGCAUUGCAAGCAAAAGCCAACAAUAAUGUCAAGGAACUGAAUCAAAACAAACGAGAUCGACGGACCGUCGAAGAACUCCAACGAGGUGAUCCCAAUCCCAGUAAACGGAGUCGAACCGAGUAG